AAUGAAAUUGGCAUUCACGCACCUAUCUACCGUUAGCUUUAUUCUUCCAUGUCCCUACUCCAAUAUUUCCUUGUACAUUAUAUUAUAUUUAUAUUAAAUUAUACCACUUUUAGUUCUCCAUAUACCAUUCUCUUCAUUCCAACAUUAAUUCUACUAUUACGAUAUCAUGAUGAUGAUGCGCGCCUUCUUCUCCUAUCUCUUCUUCCUCCUCUUCCACUUUGGCUGCUUCACCUCCUCUUCUCAUCACCACCACCACCACCACCACCCCACCAAGAAACGCACCCUCUUCUCCUACCUCAAACGUCUCUUCUCCUCCUCCUCCGCCUCCCACAUUCCCCCGCCCCCGCCCUCCAUCCCCUCCCCGUCCUCCUCCACGCGCUCCCUGCGCCUUAACCCGCCCCUCAUCGCCCCCCUCCACGACACGGACACGGCACGAGUGGACAUCCACCCAUGCACCGUGUGCGGCGAGAUCUUCCAGACCCCGGCGUUCCUGCACCACCACCAGUCCUCAAAACACGGCGUCUCCGACCUCGUCGACGGCGAGAACAUCGUCCGGAUCAUCUUUAAAACGGGGUGGCCGGCCAAAACCCCCGCCAUCCACCGCAUCCUCAAGAUCCACAACACCCCCAGAGUCCUCGCCCGCUUCGAGGACCACCGCGAGCGCGUCAGGUCCGCCGGAACGAAGAGCUCGAGGUGCGCCGCCGACGGCAACGAGCUGCUGAGAUUCUACUGCACCACUUUCAUAUGCAGCCUGGAUUCCGCCAUCUGCAACCAGCAGUUCUGCGGCGCGUGCGCGAUCAUCAGGUGCGGCUUCUCGCAGAAGCUGGACGGAAUCCCGACGCUCCCCACCGGCUGGAAAGCUCACGCCGCCGUGCCGGACGAUGUCGAGGAGGAGUUCGGCUUCAUGAAUGUCAAGCGGGCUAUGCUGGUCUGCCGGGUCAUCGCGGGUCGGGUCGGGACCCUAUCCCACGAUCAUGAAAUCGAUUCUCUGGUGGGCCCCGCCGACGACGAGUUGUUGGUCUUUAGCCCCCGGGCUAUCCUUCCUUGCUUUGUCAUAGUUUACACGGUAUAGUUAUAUAUAUUCUAAAUAUGUAUUUAAAUCUCCUAUCCCUUUACAAAAAAGUAGUUAUUCGGGUCAUGCAGAAAAAUAGUAAAUAUGCGAAUCAGUUUUGUAUGUGAUUUGGCAGUGGAAUUGUCUGUCACUUGUUAGAGAAGCUUGGAAUUAAAAUGAGUGCUCUGUUGUGAUGUGGUGUCUAAAGUAGAAGUAUUAAUGUUUGCUGAAGCUUUUGCUUUUCUUUUGCCCCCACAAAGUGCGAUUCUUAGAUGAAGAAUCGACUUUUGGUAAAGCCAAUUAUGGUGGUUUAUUUACUAUAUAUGAGAAACCCUUUAAUUCUUCUUUCCUAA